AUGCGAGAACUUAGUAGUUUAAAUGAAUGGUCAAAAUUAUGGGAUGCUAGUUAUUCUAUUAUGCGUUGGAAAGAAUCAGAAACAGUUAAAAAUGCAAGUAAAGAAGAGCUUCAAAUUAUGGAUAAUGUAAAAUUCAGUAUUACAGUUAUAUUAAUGCUUUUGGAUCCAACAUAUGAUCAACCUAAAGUCUCAUCAUCAAAAGUUCAAGAAUGUAUGGGCAAAUGGGAUUCUGAUGUAGUCAUACAGAGAUGGCUUAAAUGUAAAAGUCCAUUGGAAGAUGAUAAUAUAAUGGAUAAUGAUAUGAUAAGCAGAAAUUAA